CUAUGAAAGCGUUCUGCGCAGGUGCGGAUGCAGGUUGCAGCGGCGCCUAGGCCUCAGCUGAUGCCGUCGUUCCGCCGCCCUUCCACCCCACCUCCGAAUCCGCGGCGCCCCGGCGCUUGUAGGCCUGUAGUUCCAGCCCCAGCGAUCGGGACUGCAGACCCCGUGACCCUGUCCUCCGGCCUGUGCGCGCCGGAGCAGCUCGGGACUGCGCAGCGCCCCGCGUGUCGGUGAGCGACCCCGGACGCGCAGCCCCUCGGUUCCUUUUUCGGAGUGGAGCUGAGCGGUGGCGCCCUGACAUGGGAAAGUCUUUUUCUCAUUUGCCUUUGCAUUCAAAUAAAGAAGAUGCUUAUGAUGGAGUCACAUCAACUGAAAACAUGAGGAAUGGACUGGUUAAUAAUGAAGUCCAUAAUGAAGAUGGAAGAGGUGGAGACGUCUCUCAGUUUCCCUAUGUGGAAUUUACAGGAAGAGAUAGUGUCACUUGUCCCACUUGUCAAGGAACAGGAAGAAUUCCUAGGGGGCAAGAAAACCAGCUGGUGGCAUUGAUUCCAUACAGUGAUCAGAGAUUAAGGCCAAGAAGGACAAAGCUGUAUGUGAUGGCUUCUGUGUUUGUCUGUCUGCUCCUUUCUGGAUUGGCUGUGUUUUUCCUUUUCCCUCGCUCUAUUGACGUGAAAUACAUUGGCGUAAAAUCCGCAUACGUCAGUUAUGAUGUUCAAAAGCGUACAGUAUAUUUAAAUAUCACGAACACACUAAAUAUAACAAACAAUAACUAUUAUUCUGUUGAAGUUGAAAACAUCACUGCACAAGUUCAGUUUUCAAAAACAGUUAUCGGAAAGGCACGCUUAAACAACAUAACCAAUAUUGGCCCCCUGGAUAUGAAACAAAUUGAUUAUACAGUACCUACUAUCAUAGCAGAGGAAAUGAGUUAUAUGUAUGAUUUCUGUACACUGAUAUCCAUCAAAGUGCAUAACAUAGUACUCAUGAUGCAAGUUACUGUGACAACAACAUACUUUGGGCACUCUGAACAGAUAUCCCAGGAGAGGUACCAAUAUGUUGAUUGUGGAAGGAACACAACUUACCAGUUGGGGCAAUCUGAGUAUCUAAAUGUACUUCAGCCACAACAGUAAAAACUAAAACAGAUGCCACUGGAAAAGAAGAAAUCCCUAUUAAAAUUUUCCUGAACUCUGAAGGAUGAGGUACUUACUUCCUGAUAGGAGAUCUUAAAUUGAACAACCUAAAGUUUACACUUCAUUUUAGGGGUACAGUUAAAAGUAUGUGGACUUGUACAUUAUUGCAACAUUCUACUCUGUGUUCAUGAUAUCUGUACCAGGAUCUUUUACUUGAAUCUAAAUUUGCCGAUUGAUUUUCUUCUCCCCCUCUCCCCAGAGGGGGACAUUGAGACUUCCCAUGUUGGACAGUAAAUAAUUAUUUACAAUUCAAGCUUCAGUCACUACUGGAAACAUAAUUUUGAUGAUGAACAGAAUUUGAGAAACUUUAUUUCUGAAUGUUUUUAUAGAAUAUUACUGAGAGCCUAUUAUUCAUGACUUUUAAAAAAUAACCUUUUUUUCUGUUUUAUAAAUUGCCAUUGCUACAUAGUAGUAUUUCAAGAUAUUUUAGCUUUUAGCUAAAACAUUUGUAGUUUUUCAUUUGUUGAAAUUCUACUCAUUUGCAUGUUUUUGUCGAUCUUAUUUCAAGCUAAUGCUUGCAUAACACUAGAAACCAAAAUAAUCUUUGCAAAAUUCUGCACCUAAAAUUUUUUAAAGCCCCGUUUCACAUGUCUUUCCAUAUGAGUAAGUUUUGUGAAAUUUUUGUGUGGUCUUCAAACAUAGUUAAUGUACAAUACUGUAAAUAAACUGUGCAUGGCUUUUAUACAGCUUUAAUAAAUGUCAUAAAGUACAGAUUCAAAAUGAAGUAAGUUGCUCAUAAAAAUAAAAUGGGAAAAUGAAAUUCAGAAACUUAUAGAAUAUGAAUAUGGUUCCAGUUACAUAUGGGAUUAGGCAUAAAGUAGUUUUGAAAUAAAGUAUUUUGAUGCUCCACUUUUUUUUAAUGUUGCUUUUCAAAUUAACAAGUUUUGGACACACUUUUCAUAACUCCUAGGUACCCGAGUCACUCCCGUCAUCCAUUUUAUGCCUGUUUUAAGGAGGAAAUCACGUCUUUGGUAGAAGUUAUCCAAGAAAUCUUGUCAUUAAAUAAUGGUGGCUAUAUCAAAAUAAAACCUAUAUUAUCCUUUUUAAAAAUUUAGUCACUUUGCACAUCACAUGGAUACCAUGCCUGUAACAGUUAUAUUUCAAAAUUUUCCAUUUUUUUGUUUGGAUUUUAUUUAAAAUUGUUUCCAAGUGUAAAUUAUUGACUUUUUUCACUUUGCUUUAUUUUUGUUUUAUAUUUUCAAUACCAUAUAUUUUCCAUUCGGGCUUCUUGCCUUUUCACUUGACAAAUUCUGAUUACCUUGUAAAUAAAUUCCACUGAGGGUGGGGGCCGACUGUGAUACCAAAUAAAUAAAUAAAUAAAUAAUAAGUGGCUUAAGAUUAAUUUCUUUCUGUUCCCUCGAGACAGAAGUCAGGUUCCACCUCCCCCAAAGUGCCUAAUUUAGGUCUGAAACAUACUAUUUAUCAGUUGGACUCUCAGCUGUAACACACAAGCUUUGUUUAACUAUUUGGAGCAAAUGAAGCCUCUCUUCUGCCUUGAAACACUCAGGUGCCCCCUUAGCUUUCAUAUCAUUUUCUCCACGUUUUCCUGAGUGAACAGUUUAAAUGGGUGGAAUGCACAAACUUUUUUUAACUGCUUGUCUUACCUCAAUCCAUUGCUAACUGAUCCAUCUUUGCUAUUAAAGUCACCCCAUCACAUCUGUACAGACUCACUAGUCAAACCCAGUCUUAAUGUGUUUUUUGAUUACUCCCAUUUUCCUUGAAACGGCAUACUUCCCUCAUAUAUUGAUUCUAUUUGUUAUUUUUCAAAUCAUUCUCAUUUUCCCUCAUUCUCUGUCUUUUGACAUCUUUUAAUGAGUAUUAUCUGGAUCCUCUUUUGCCUCAAAAUUUCUAAUCCUGUGACUUUAACAGUCAUUUAUUUUAGGCUUCCGAGUCUUUCUGUACACCUGACUGGUCACCUGUCUACCUGGAAAUAAGAGUAUUUCAGUGACUUUGUGUAAAAUCAUAAGAUAUUUGAAAAAUUUUUAUCAUUCUGUUGUGUUCUCUCCUUGCCCUCAUGUCCCAUUUACUUCAAAAUCACCAUUUUUUCAAACUCAUCCUUCAGAUAAUGCCUCCUCAGAAAUCAAUCCUGAUUUAUUUUUCUGUUCUGUAUCUUUUAACCUUGGAAAAGUAUGUAGUGUAAAUUAAAUGGAUUUUUCUGUUGAUUUGUGGUUCUGGUAUCCUUUUAGAGUGCAUGCAUAGAGUCUGCUGAAGAGACAAAGUGAGGGAACAUUUGCUUUUAGUGACUUAGUUUUCUAUAUUUUUUCUUCAUGUUUUAAACUAAAAACUCUUUAUUUUACCUACUUUCCAUGAAAUAAAGGUAGAAAAACCUAGAAUUUAAAAUACAUGAAAACCAAUAGUAGAGGAGAAAAGGAUCACCUGUGACUGCUUUCAGAAACAAACAUUGAAGUAACUUGCCAGAAUAAGCCUGGAACAGAGCAGGCUGUAAAUUAAUAAAAUUACCAAAACACAUUCAGGUGAAACAGAAUUAUAGCUGUUAAACACACACACACAGGGAAGAAUGAAGAAGCAUUGCCCAGGGAAUUUUUUCUUAUAUAGUGAUAGGGUAGAUCUCGAUACAUUUUUUAAAACUGCUCUCAGAUCUUCUUCAAAGGAUACGGUAAAGAUGUUAUAUUUUUUUCUGAAACUCUCAAGAAUCAUUUUCCCUUAAAUUACCCUUGUAAUAGACUGGUCAUUGUAAGCAGAUCCAUACUGUAUCACAGAUGUCUGUUGAUGUUCUGUGUAUCAGACACUGUGCUCUUCUCUGGAGCUCUUUCAUAUAUUUUAGAAGAGGAAGGAGAGGCAUGGAGAAGUGAAGGGACUUGGGGAAGAUCACAUACUUAGUAAAUAGUUUUAUUGGGGCCAGAUCUCGUUUUUCGGUUUGUGUAUGUGCUCUGUCAUUUAAAAAAUAAAUAAGUAAAUAAAAUAGAGUCCAUUAGGAAGCCCUGUCGACUCAGGUUAGUAUGAUUAAAACUCAGAGAAAACACUCAGUUAAUAGUGACAAUCAAAAUAAUACAGAUGGACUAAGAUGUGGGUACCUUUAACUUGGUACCUGAAAUAUUCCUAAUGAAAAAUGAGCACUUGUACAAUAUUUUGGUAUAGCAUAAUCGAUAGCUGAUUUCUUCUAUUAAAAUUUAUACUCUUUGAUUGUUCCAAUAAAGGUAUGGCUGAUAGGUUGUCAAAGGAGGCUGUUUAUAAAUAGAGAUUAAUGUAUUUGAGAUUUGAAAUAAGAACAGUGUGAAAAUAUUAGAUACCAGCUAAAUUGCUUGAAAUUGCUAAAUAACCAUCUUUACUAUAGUACAUAACAUGUAAAUGACUGUGGUUUUAUUUGUGAGCAGUUUUUCUGUGUUUUUGUUUCGGCCAGUGAGAUCAUUAUUUUCUGUAAGAGUUCAUGACAAAAUAAAAUUUAGAUCUUCUGAAUUGUAGUUUGGAAUUGAUCUAUCCAGUACAGUGUUAACAUGGAGGGAAAGUGAUUGCCAAAACACAAUGAAAGUAUCAUUAUUGCAAUAUAAUUCUGGGGGUGUUUUGUUGCAGGGCAUGUCCCCACCUGUCUUCUAUUACCAAUUUUUAAAAAAUUCUUAAAUAAUUCUUUAUAAUGAUUCUAUUUAAGGAAAUAGUUUGUUAGGUGCUUGACCCCAAAGUAAGUCACUGUUAGUAUAACUAAUAUUUGUUAAUGUGUCAGAUACUGUAGUAAUCUCUUACGUGCAUUAUCUGAUUAUUAUUCAGAAGAGCCCUCUAAAGUAGAUACUGACAAUGCCCCCCAUUUUUUUAUCUGAGGAGGUCCAGUUCUAGAGAAGAAAUAUGCAUAAGCUUUGGAAGGGGCAGAUUUGAGAUUCAAAACAUGUCUGAUUGACUCAAACAUCAUUGCUCUUACAAUUAGCGUAUUUUCUUUCCAGCGUUUGAAAAUGUUUUGUUUGUAAAAUUUUAUUAGUUGUUGCACUUGAUAUAUAAUAUUUUGAGGCUUUUGAUAGUAUUUUCAAAAAUACUAUUAGGAUACUUUAUUUUGUAGAUCUUUGGUAUGAUAAAAAUGGUUUACCAAUGAAUUUUAAAGUUUUUAAAAUUCAUACUUAAUCUGUUAUACAGUAUUUUUCUUUUUAAAAGAUACAAAAUUUUAAAUUUACAAAUACACAUCAGACUUCUUUGGUAAGCAUUGUGAAUUGAAUUUCAGGGUAUUAGGUUGCAAACCACGGUUACUUACCAUAGUGUCAUGAUUUUUAGGUCAUAAUACUGGAAGCAGUAACUACUUGGCUCAAAUACAUCUAAGAAUAAUUUUUAUUUCUCUUUUUUGUAAAAUCAGAUUUUAAAUGAGAUGUUUAUCUGAGACUUAAGGAAAAUAUAUGCUUAAGAUGGGGUUAAAAGACUGUUAAACAUUAUUUCUUUAAAAAAUUUAUUUUUACAUGAAAACAAUAUAUUUGUGAUGUGCUUCGAUCAAAAAUUUUACUUCUAUAUCCCAGAUCUACUUACUUAAAAGUAAAAAUUUUCACUUAGCUGAAAUUUCUGAUUAGAACUAAUAUUUGUGUAUUUUUGUGCUUAGUGAGAAUGUAAAUUUCACAGUGGGUUUUUGAAAUUUAUCCUUACUUUGGAUAAAAGCCAGUGAUAUAUUUAUAAAAUUACUAUAGGGAUGAAAAUGGUAAUUUCCAUUUUUUAAAAAAAACUAGUGUGAUUAUGUUUGUAGUUCUUUUUACACAUGUUUAGCACAGGCUCUAAAUUAAAAAUAUAUUGACCCUAAAAAUACUCCACGAAUUAAUUUAACAAAUACUUGGCAAGUUUUUCAUAGCAAAUAGCUCUUCUAGAAGGAAAUUGUUGCCUUCUGUUUAAUUACAUUAAUUGAAAUGUGUUUAAGAGAAAUGUUUUCAGCAUAUUUUGUAUACUAAAAAACAAAAAGGAUUAGUAUUGGGCCAAUGGCCAAGAGGUAAUAUUACUACCAUGUAGAUUAUUACUGUUCAAAUGAUCCCACUUCCCCCAGAAUUUUAGGAACUAGAAGUCUGGGAGAUACUGUGUCAGCUGUGGUCAGGUGAUUCUCAGUGCUGUAAGUACUGAUCAUCAUUUAAUUAUUGUGUGAGAUGGAACAAAUGCAAAGUUGCAAAAGAUGCAUAAUUUCAUUAUGUAAUGGUUUGUUUUAGGUGUAAAACAUCAGCAGGCUAUUCCUUGUGUUUUGUUGUAUAUUUUCUUGUAGAACUAAAGUAAGAUUUUGGAAAAGGAUUUAAAAUGCAUACUUGAUCUGAUCGGUCACAUAUUUGAAUGAUGGCAUUGAUGGGUAGAGUCCAAUCCAUGAUUUUAAUUGUGGAAUAAAGAAUAAUACAGAAUGAAAGACCAUGUUUGGGCACUUACUCUUUGCUAAUCAUGUGUUAGCCUCCAUCAUAACACACUAAAUUUCCAAGUUGAGCAGUUCUGUAAUUGUAAUUAUUGUUGCUGUUCAUGUAACAAAACAUGCUUAUAUUAGUAAAAGGAAUAGAAAUGCCCCCAAAUGCUAUUUUUUUAAUUACUUGUAACUGUUGCUCUUGUAAUUGUGUAUGACAAAAUAAAAUUUGUAAACAUUUUAGCAUGAAAAAUAAAAUUUGUAUCAGUCAA